AUGUGGUCAGUCUGCUUCCUCACCACCUUCUACCUGCAGGGGAAUAUCUCUCCCCAUCUCCAUUUCACAAAUUCUCUUGUUCUAGCAAGAGGCAUUUUAUUUAUUUUUCCCUCAUUUCUGAACAGUGAUUCCCUGGAAGCCACCCAGCCCGCUGCUUUUACGGCCACCCCAGCAAGGAGCGUGCCUGCUUGCCAGGACAACGCGGAUGCGAGACCUGCUCCCGCCAGCACCACAUCUGCUGCAGCCCUCAAGCCAGUGGGACCCCUGGGUUCUGCCAAAGGCUGGCAGCCUCCAAACCAAGCAGUUCCUGCCAGUGGAUGGACAUCGAACAGUAUUAAAUCACCUGGAACAACUGCCUCAAGUGAAAAACCUGACACAGCACCUCAGCUAAAUGAACAAGACACGUUGGUUCAGAGAGCAGAGCAUAUUCCAGCGGGAAAGCGCACUCCCAUGUGUGCACACUGUAAUCAAGUCAUCAGAGGACCCUUUUUGGUGGCUUUGGGAAAGUCAUGGCAUCCAGAGGAGUUCAAUUGUGCCCAUUGCAAAACCUCCAUGGCUUACAUUGGAUUUGUGGAAGAGAAAGGGAUGCUGUAUUGUGAGGUCUGCUAUGAGAAGUUCUUUGCCCCUGAGUGUUCAAAGUGCCAGAGGAAGAUCCUCGGGGAAGUAAUAAAUGCUUUGAAACAAACUUGGCACGUUUCCUGCUUCGUGUGUGUGGCCUGUCAUAACCCCAUCCGCAAUAAUGUCUUCCACUUAGAAGAUGGUGAUCCCUACUGUGAGACGGAUUAUUAUGCCCUCUUUGGUACCAUGUGCCAUGGGUGUGAAUUCCCCAUUGAAGCUGGAGACAGGUUUCUUGAGGCUCUGGGCCACACUUGGCAUGACACUUGCUUUGUAUGCUCCGUAUGUAGUGACAGUUUGGAGGGCCAGACUUUCUUCUCCAAGAAGGACAAGCCACUGUGCAAGAAACACGCUCAUUCUAUCAACAUCUGAUGCUCGGAGCUCAUUGUGUGUAACAAAUGUACUGAGCAGAAAGGUUAAAAUGUCCAUGUUCAAUAAUUGGUUAAAAUUAUUUAUAUACAAUUUUUCUAAAAUGGAAGAGAGAUGGGGAAACUUUCAGAGGUAUUGUAAACUAAUUUUUCAGAGCAUUUAUCAUUAAGAUUUUGCUUCAUAAAAAGAGAGGAAUCAGGAACUGCACCCAAGCCAAACAAUUAGAGUGCCUUUACCUCUACACUUGGCACAUUACUGUACUAGUUUCAUGAUUUUAUGACCACAUUUAUAUCUGUUUCAGUAUGAGAAGUGAAGUAUCUAUAAAAAUAAAUACCUGAUAUUAGAAGUCUCGGUUUUGCUGCUCUUGAACAAAUAAAAGGAGAUUGGAUUCAGCAAUCCAGAUUGCUUUAUUGCAGUGAUGUUUUUAAAGUGUGUCUAAAAAUAUUGCAGCUAAACUCCAUUAAAAGGGACACAAAGCAAAGGUUACACAAAAUUUAUAAUUCAGAAACUAAUAUUUUUAUCUGAUAUUCAUAUACAUAAAGCCUCCUGCAACACUACAUGUACCUGUGCCUUUGCACUUAAAUUUCUGAUGGGUUUGCAAGGGACAGAGAUUUUUACAAAGCAGUUAAGUGGGCCAGUGGCUAUACUGGUGAAAAAGAAUAGUUUAGAAGAUGCCACUUAGAAGAAAACAUAAAUGGGAUGCUCUUCCUUAACUCAUGUAUUAUCAGAACACUGGCCAAAAAAUCCUGCUGCUGAAGGUGUGCUGACAGGAUGGAAAUGUCAGAUCAGAUCUUAAGGUAACAGGGAUUUACACUCUUCUGUUUGCAGUUCAGGUUUUAGAAAGCUUUAAGUGCCUUUCUCCUUUAAGGAAAGGGGAAAUUGCACUGAAUCUGUAGGUAACAGUGUUUUAUAUCCAGAAUGUGAGAUUCUGGUAUUGAAUGAGGACAACUGCUGAAGUGCAAAUGAGGACAUUGUUUUUCUCUCAGUACAUUCUUUACCAUGUAGCUCAUGAAUAUGUAUAUUGGUGGUGUGCCAGGUAAAAUACUGAAAAUUUAACUUUCUUGCUCAGCUGUUUUGAUUUUUAUUAGUUUGGGUUUUAUUUCUCUCUUUUCUUUGAGAUGUAGGGAAUAUAUUGUUGAAUAAUACUACAUUGAGUUAAGCAGCCCAGUAUCUCAGAUCUUGGAAGGGAGCAGAGAGACAAUGCUGUCAUUAUGCAUUUACUGUGAGCCAGGAGACUAACCAAUUCUGUGGCUUAAUAUGAAUUUUGCAUCCACACAGAGAGUCAGCACAAGGCCUGUGCACCAGCUAAGUCCCUACUUAACUUCAAAUUAGGGCUUAAGUGGUAUGGAGCAACUGUAAGCAGAUAGGGAAAAGGUGGUGCCCCUCUGCACAGGGUGAAUUUUGCUCCAGCAGAAUUGCACAACAGAGAAGGGGGUCCUCUUGGGAUCAGAGCAGAUUCCUGAAGGAAACUGAAUUUACAUGCUAUUUUAUUCAGCUGAGAUAUCAGGGCUGAAUUGUUAGUCUUUAGUACUCUGUCUAAUAGACAUUAAAAAAAACAUUUAGUGUUGUUGUUGGGAGGAGGGGCAGAGGGGGAGGGUGUCUUGAUACAAAGGACAGUUUUAUCCAUAAAACCAUGGGGAAAAAUCACAAAAAAUCACCAUGGUUGACUAAAGCAAUUGUAAUGAGGAACAUCAGCAAAAGAGGAGAAAAGAAAACCAAAAUUGCUGUACUUAAAUAUGAAAAGAUAUUUGACUUUCUUAUUAAUUCAGCAGGACAGGUUCACAUUGUGGGGCUGUUUCACUUUAUUUCCUGAAGUUGUUUUUCUUCAAUACUACCAUGUUUCUUUUUUUAAGUUCUGGUGGUACAGAAGAAAUUUGGUAAAUUUGGUAAAUAUUUGUAAAUAAGAAGAAAUUUAGUGGUACGGUAUAAAACUGUUUAAAAUGUUUACACUCUCGUUGAUGUACCCUUCUGUGAGUUUGGCUGAAAAUCAGAAGGGUAGAAGCAGACUGGACAAAAUACAGUAAUAUAUAAGCCAGGUUGCUUUUGAAAUUAAGUGGAAUGUGGAAAAAUGAAACCUGGAGACUAGGUUUCAGUGGAACUAUAUUGCACAUGUGUGAGGAAAGAGGGUGGAAAUGCACAGGAUAAGGCCUUCAGUAAUUUCUGCAAUUCAAACCUUGCUAUUUUAAUGUAAGAUAGAAACUUCUAAGUUUGUCCUUAAAAUCCAAUUAAAUUUUGUUUAGUUUCAUAAUUUUAAUUGGAAUUGUAUUUUUUAAUCUAUGUGCUCUAGGGUUUGAAAUUUUUCAGUUGUUAAUGAAUUUGAGGACAAAAGCCUGAAAGGCUUCAAUAGAACUGCUUCAUGUAGCUGCUUUGCCUUUUAAUUUCUGCUUUUAUCUGUUUGUUUAAAAUUUAAAAGGAAGCAUAGAGUCACUGAUACAUAAUGAAUAUUUAAUGGCUUUACCAAAUUAUAUAAAUCAACUAAAAGGAACAUAAUUUUUAUCGUUAUUUUAAUAAGUGAGAUUAUAGUAGAGCACUUUAUAAUAAUGCCAUAUUUCUCACUGAAUAUUUAUUACUUUUUUUUUUUUAUUUAGAACUAUUUCAUCCUGGUAUCUUUGUAUUUUGUUUUAUUUUUAAGCCUGCCUUUACCUCUAGGAUCUUUUGGGGUGUGAGUGUGUGUAUGUGUGCAUGUUUAUAUAUACUUUCUCUAUACAUGCACACAUAUACAUGUACAUUGAGAGACAUACAUAUAUACGUGUAUUUGAAUGCAGACUUGACGUAGCAAAAGUCAGCACAGUUCCAUCAGUGUGGGAUUUCGUGAGACUCCCAAGUGUUUUUCAUACAACACAUGUAUAACAUUCAUGUUUUGAGGGAAUGUUAGAAAGUCAGGAGAGACGUGUUUGUAACAUAACUACUGUAGCUUUUUGCAUGCAUUUUCAGUCAGUAAUUGUUUUUCUUCCAAAACUGCCUAUAAGAGAAUGGGGCUUAACUUUGUUUGAAGGUAGAAGGUCUUUGUAAGUGAAUAAUUGAUUCACAAUGACAGUUUCAGCAUAUUGUAACUAAAUAAUUCAGGAUUAUGUGUAAAUAUAAAUGCUUAAUAUAACAUGCAAUAAACAUAAAAGCAAAAGUUGAAUUGUGUUUCAGUGUGUAUUGGUCUGUUCAAUUGUGUACCUAAUUCUUCACAGGGCUACUUGCAUCAUCUGGCCAUGUGAGCUGCUUUGCAAACAUUAUUUUAUGCUGAUCUACUAGCUGUUAAGUCUCAGUGAUUUCUUUGCUUGUGUUUAAUAGUCUUUGGCAUCAAAUUUUGGCUGUUCACAUUUGCAAAUUUAAUUAUGAUUGAAAAACAUAACAAGCAAAUAAACCCUACUCAAAACCUGAAA